AUGGAGAAGGUGUUGAAGAUGAUGAUGAUGAUGAACAUAAAGGGUGUUGUCUUAGCAGGGUUGUCAUUGGUGUUGUUGCAUGUUGUGAAUGAGUUGUUGUUGAAGCCAAGAUCGUUGAGAUCAAAGCUUCAGAAGCAGGGUAUUCAUGGACCUUCUCCUCACUUCUACUUUGGUAACAUCCCAGAAAAGAAGAAGAUUCUAGAACAACAUCAAGUUCAUAAUGUUGCAGCUUCACCCCAAGACAAAGACAAAGAUGUUUCUUCUUCUAUUUCUCACAGGUGGUAUUACAAUUUGUUUCCUCAUGUUGAAAAAUGGAGAAGACAAUAUGGUCCCAUAUACUUGUUUUCUUCUGGGAGUGUAGAGUGGUUGGUGGUGUCUGAUAUAGAAAUGGUGAAAGAAAUCACCCUUUACACAUCUGUGAAUCUAGGGAAGCCUUCUCUUCAAUCAAGAGAAUUAGGGCCACUCUUAGGGCAAGGUAUAUUGUCAUCAAGUGGACCAAUUUGGGUUCAUCAGAGGAAGAUCAUUGCUCCUUCAUUAUACCUUGAUAAGGUCAAGGAAAUGGUUAACUUGAUUGUUCACUCCACAAAUAUAAUACUGAAGUCUUGGGAAAGUAGACUCAAUAAUGAAGGAGAGGCUUUGGACCUUAGAAUCGACGACGAUUUGCGAAGCUUGUCAGCAGACAUAAUCGCAAGAGCUUGUUUUGGGAUCAAUUAUGUUGAAGGAAAUGAAAUAUUUUCAAAGCUUAGGAAUCUCCAAAACCUCUUGUCUGCAAAGGAUGCUGGAAUUCCAGGCUUUAGAUGGCUGCCAAUUAAAAGAAACAGAGAGAUAUGGAGAUUGGAGAAAGAGGUAAACUCAAUGAUAUCAAAGAUCAUAGAUGAGCGGUUGAAGCAGGAUGCAGAAGAGCAAGAUCUUUUACAAAUGAUACUUGAAGGUGCAAAGAGUUUUGAAGGCAAUGAUGGAAUCUUAUCAGAUUCGAUAUCUCGCGACAGGUUCAUAAUAGAUAACUGCAAGAACAUAUUCUUUGCUGGACAUGAGAGUACUGCAAUUACAGCAUCAUGGUGCUUGAUGUUGCUAGCCAUACACCAGGAUUGGCAAGAUCGAGUUAGGGCCGAGGUUCUUCAAGUUUGUGGCAACAAUCCUCCAGAUGCAAGUAUGCUUAGAAAAAUGAAGAUGCUGACCAUGGUGAUUCAAGAGACAAUGCGGCUUUAUCCGGUGGCGGCGUUUGUUUCUAGAUCAGCAUUGGAAGACAUUCACUUGAAAGGUAUCCUAAUUCCAAAAGGAAUGAACAUUGAGAUUUCAGUCCCAAUACUAAUGCAAGACCCUGAGAUUUGGGGUCAUGAUUCACACGAGUUCAAUCCAGAAAGAUUCUCAAAUGGGAUUGUGGGAGCUUGCAAAUUCCCACAAGCAUAUGUUCCAUUUGGAUUAGGGGCUAGGAUUUGUGCUGGACAACACUUAGCCAUGACAGAAUUGAAGGUGAUUUUGUGUCUCAUUUUGAUCAAGUUUAGGAUCUCUUUGUCUCAGAGUUAUUGCCAUUCACCUAUCUUCCGUUUGGUUAUAGAACCUGGCCAUGGUGUUAUUCUAAAUAUCACAAGAAUUUAG